UGAUAGGAAAUUGAAUAUACCAAAUGGAAAAAUCUUUCCACUAAUUUGGAAAGAGAAAAAAGGGGGGAAACUCUGAAAGGGAAAUUCGUUCGUACGACAGAUCCGGCAUUUGAAAUGCACAGGUGAAGCACACCAUGAUCUGAAAUACCUUCCUUUACUUCACUACUGGGGGGCUGAAGCUCAGACUACUAACAUACAGUGAAGGGUUCGUGUUUGGCUGGAGAGAUGGCAAGAAAAAGUGCCUCACCAGCUGUAACUCCGAAAGAGAAGAAGCAGCAGCAGCAAAGCGAGCAAGGCCGGAGAAAAAAGGACAAAGAGAAGACGCCCAGAACUUCUCCCAGGCUUAAAUCUGCUUCCCCAACGGCUUCUUCAUCUAAUGCCAAAGAUAAAGACAAUGAUGACAAUGCGGGUGAGGUUAUUGAAAAUAACGCAAGUAUGUUGGGAGAAGGGUUUUAUGAAGUUGAAACCAUUCGCAAGAAACGCAUUCGCAAGGGCAAGGUGGAGUAUCUUGUUAAAUGGCAGGGUUGGCCAGAGAGUUCUAAUACCUGGGAACCUUAUCGCAAUGUUAGAUCAUGCAUUGACAUAAUACAAGAAUUUGAGAAAAGUAAUAGCAGUGCUGGAAAGAGUGGGAGAAAGAAGCGGAAGCCUUCUCCAGAAGAACAAGAAGAGGAAGAAGAAGCUACAGAAGCAGGACUGUCAGAUGUGCACAACGAAGUUGCAGAUUUGAUGGAAGAUGAAAACUUGCAAGGAGGGAUUUCAAAACAAGGUGAGGCUGAAGGAGCACCAGUCAGCACCCAGGACAAUGCGAAGCACACUGAGGGGCUUGGUGAAGAGAAUAAUCCUGAUAGGAUUGAAGAGACACAGAGUUUAUGCCAGAAGAACAAAACUGAGAAGCCAUCCUAUUCUGCUUCCUCUGAACCUGCAAAGGAAAACGGAACAAAGGCUUUCCAACUUGUGCUUGAAGAAGAGAGCAAAACAGCAGCAGAAGGAAAGGAAGACACUCUUCCUAGUGGUUGUGAACUGAGUGUUUCAAAGAAAGGGUACCCUGGCCUCGGGAGGCAUGUGAAGCAGAGGGAUGAGGGGGAGGAUCAGCAAGCAUGCCAAAGUCUUGACAAGCAACAGGAAAAGACAGUUUUUAAUGGAGAUGGAUUUGCCCAAGUGGAGGAGAACAAUAACAAUGACAUUGCCAACACCCAAGAGUGCUCAGUGCCUUUGUCUUCAGCAUGUCCUCAAUCUAACCAGUUUCCUGCCAUCACAAAUAUACUCAAGGCGAUCAGUUAUAACAAUUGCACAUCAAAGGACAAACCAGAUGUAACUGUUCUUUUCAAGGCUCAAAGAUCGGAUGGGCAGGAAGCUGUGGUUGACAACAAAUUUUUAAGAAUUCACUACCCAUGUUUGUUGAUUGAUUUUUAUGAACAGCAUCUCCGAUACAGCACUGUACAGUAGAAAUGCAAAGAGUAAGCUAUAGAGUAGUUAUAAUGACACUGUAGUUUGUCAGUUAGAUGUCUUUGUUACUCACUGCAAUAUAGUUGACUUGGGAAUGACCAAUGUAAAUGUUCAAGGCUGUGUGGAAGGUUCGUUGCUGGGCAUUUUAUAUCAGGUUUUGUGGAUACUGUACCCAACCAUUGGGCACAGGAACUUUAUUGUCAGUUAUUUGACAAUUGUGGCGAGCUUUGGCUCAUGUUUGUUGAUAUUUGUGUUCUAUAAUCAAGUGGAAUGAGUGAAGCUGUUAACGCCCAAUCCAAGCAUGAUAUUUUGUACUGACUUAACUACUGAACAAUUGGAAACCUAUUCAUAAGAUGUCUACACAUUUUUUGAA